GUACUUCCGGGACCGAUGGCUCCGGUUCUGCUGUCACUUUCGCCGCCAGCUGUUAACUCGGAUAUAAAAUGUCAGAAAACUUAGUGUUUUAUUUGGAAGCAAAGUCCAUCAUGGACACGGUUAUUGAGGCCGCUGUCGAUCUUGUUGGAAAUUCAAAGGAAGAAGCUGCAAGGAAGGAGCAAAGUGAGAAACAAAAGCCAGACUUUGUAGAAAUGUUGUCACGAGAGGCAACGAGAAAGAUCAGCACGGUUUUCUCCCAGCUGUCGUCGCUGCUGCAGGCUGAAAACAGGACGCUGAAGAGCAGAGUGAAACAUCUGGAGAGCGAGCUGAAGGCCGUGACCGAACGCUUUGAAAACGCCAGACUGUGGAGGGAGAACGUCCUGAGCGGCAGCCCGGUUCUGUUCCAGCAGAGCGGCCUGAUCUUCACCCUGAAGCCUUUCGGGAAGCUACAAAGAAAGACGGAUAAAGAAGCAGACGGAGUCACAGAAUCAUCUCCUGCUGCCGCUGCUCAGGUGGAUCACGGACAGAAAGCAGUAAUUUCUCAUGCAGAAGGUGGAGAAACGGCAAAGGAAGUAACUUCAUCAACAGCCACUGGACAAGUCAUCUUUACUACUUCUGCAGAGGAUUGUACCACAACAAACACAGCUGGAGCCAAAACCACACAGGAAGCUGAGGUGAAGAAGAAAGGGAAGGUGUUCGUGUGUGAUGUCUGCAGCAAGAGCUUCAACCGUCACUUUCACCUGAUGAAGCACAUGAACACUCACAGAGAGCAGAGGCCGUUCGCCUGCCAGCAGUGCCCGAGGAGAUUCAGGAACACGGCGACGUUCGAGUACCACCUGCUGCGGCACGAAGAGAAGAAGUACGCCGCCUUCGAGUGCCAGCUCUGCCACAAGACGUUCAAAACUAAAAUGCACCUGAAGACCCACCAGCUGGUUCACUCGGACACGAGGCCGUUCGUCUGCUCGUCCUGCGGGAAGGGCUUCAAAACCAAACACAACCUGCAGGCUCACCAGGUCGUGCACACCGUGGAGAAGCCGCACAAAUGCUCCGAGUGCGGCGAGAGCUUCAGAUAUGCCUUCACGCUGCAGUGCCACCGAAGCGUUCACACCGGCGAGCAUCCGUACAAAUGCGCGGUUUGCGGCAAAGCUUUCGUAAAGAGACGAUCGCUCCGGACGCACCAGUCGGUCCACAGAGGGAAGAUGUUCACAUGCGAGACGUGCGGCGCAGGAUUCACCCUUCAACACAACCUGAAGAGACACAUUCGUAUCCACACGGGGGAGAAACCGUUCAAGUGUAAAGUGUGCGGGAAGAGUUUCAUCCAGGACAACAAGCUGAAAGCGCACAUGCUUCUUCACGGAGCAUCCAAGGCGUUCAUGUGCGACCUGUGCGGGAAGACUUUCCUGUACAACUGCCAGCUGAAGAAGCACCAGAAAGUGACUCACGACGAAAGACACGGGCAGGUGGUUCAGAGACGAACUCGAGAGCGAGGCAGCCGCAGGGUCAUCUACAGACGGGACCGGACGAUGGUCAACGUGACGCCGUUCAGCUGCAGGAGCUGCAACAAGGGCUUCGACACCGCGAGCUCUCUGAAGAGACAUGAGCGAAUCCACACAGGGAACAUGCAGUACAGCUGCGAUGCAUGUGGCAAAUCUUUUUACUACAAAGCCACCUAUGAUUACCACCUUCGAAUCCACUCAGGAGAAAGACCGUUCGGUUGUGAAAUCUGCGGAAAAAGGUUCAUCAUCCUUCAGGCGCUAAAGUCCCACAAACUGCAGCACUCUGGAGAGAAACCACAUAAAUGUGAGCAGUGCGGGAAAGCCUUCAGGAUCUACACAAACUACCAGAGACACCUUCGGAUCCACACAGGAGAGAAGCCCUAUGAGUGCGAGGUCUGCGGAGUGAGAUUCAGGCAGCUCGGACACGUCAAGUUUCACAUGCAGAUUCACACGGGAGAGAGACCGUAUUCCUGUAGCAGCUGUGGACUCGGAUUUUCAGACUCAAGGCUGCUCAAAAGACAUAACUGUAGUGAGAAGUACCAGAAAAUGUUGGGAAAUGUGCUCACAACACUUGCUUUUAUUUUGAAGAGCACGGACCGGGAAGAAGAAGGUGGUUCCGUGUUGUGUUUUGUCGCCGCAAUGACAACAGAGCUGCUCUACAGCAGCUGUUUGUCGUUAUUAAACCGUAGAACAGAACCGGAACCAGGGCCGGGUCGAGCCGCCGUCAUGUCGGAGCUGGAGACGCAGGUGUGCUCCAUCCUGGAGAUCAUGGUCAACGCCACCGUGUCCGAAAUGAGCAAAGUUCUGGGCGGCUGCGGUCCAACUCGUCCACAAGUGUCAACAUGUGCGGCUGAAAACACCAGCGGCUCCUCGGAGGAGAAGGUGAUCCAGUUCAGUGUCUUCAUGACGUCUUUGGCUCAGGAAGCUGUGGAGCAGAUCUGCCAACUUUUCCAGGAAUGUUCCUCCAUGCUGCAGCUAGAAGUGACGCAGGGCGUGGCUGAGAUGGAGGACCUGAGGAGGAGGCUGGAGGAGGCGGAGUCGGAGCUGAAGCUGGUGCUGGAGGGCAGCGGAGGCCAGAAGGAGGUGGAGGAGCUGAUGGAGGGAGGCAGCGGAGAGGAGGAGGAGGCCGGGAGGAGUCCGACCAGCAGAGGAGGAGGAGGAGGAAGUGUUCAGAGCAGCCAGCGAUCAGGGAGGAAGAGUCGCAGAGUUGUUGGUGACAGUGCAGUCAAGAGGUCGCCUAUAAUCCAUCUGUGGAAGGGCAGAACUUAUGAGGACAGCGUCCAGCCUGUUAUCAUAAAAGAGGAAGGACUGGAGGGCUUAGCUGACCAGGCAUCUUCUGAUUCUGGUCAGUACAGAGACGAGCCCGGCCCAGAUGAGGACGACGACCCAGACUACCAGUUGGAACCAGAAGAUCACGAUGAUGCAGACCCAGGGUACACCACCAGAUCCAAACGCAUCGUCAAGCUCAAGUCGCAUCGAGUUCGAGCCAAGAAGGACAGUCAGAGUCCGAAGGAGCCGCUGAGCUGCAGAUACUGCAGGAAAACCUUCACCAAGCUGCUGCAGCUCAAAGCCCACCAGGCCGUCCACGAGGCCAACGCAGAGAAACCCUUCAACUGUUCCCAGUGCGGCCGAGGAUUUUCCUUCCAGCGGAGCCUCGACGCUCACAUGCUGCUUCACACAGGUGAGAGACCCCACACCUGUGACGUAUGUGGGAAAGGAUUCACCCUGAAGCAGCUGCUGAGGAACCACCAGCGUCUCCAUGCCAACGUGCGGCCGUUUCGCUGCGAGCAGUGCGGCAAGAGCUUCUACCGAGCGCACGGCCUGAAAAUGCACCAGAUGGUCCACACCGGGGAGCGGGCCUACAACUGCCAGUACUGCAACAAGAGCUUCACGAUACAGGGCAACCUGCAGCGCCACCUGCGCAUCCACACGGGCGAGAAGCCGUUCAGGUGCGAGACCUGCGGCAAGAGCUUCAACCAGGCCGACACUCUGAAGGGCCACCAGCGCAUCCACACCGGCGAGCGUCCGUUCAGCUGCGAGACCUGCGGCAAGUGCUUCAUCCAGAAGAGCGCCCUGAAGAUGCACCAGAAGACGUCGCACCUGGACGAGAAGUCGCUGGCCUGCGUCGCGUGCGGCACCACGGUGGCCUGCGUCGACUCGCUGCGUAAACACAUCCAGACGCAUGCCGCCACCAUCCCGUGCACGUGCGUCCUGUGCAGCCGGCAGCUCAACUCCAUCACCGAGCUGCGGUCGCACCAGCAGCACCACACGGUGGACAGGCCUCACAGCUGCGGCGUCUGCGGGAAGAGCUUCAAGUCGUCCAGCUACCUGAAGAUUCACCUGAAGACGCACAGCGGGGAGCGGCCGUUCUCCUGCGACAUCUGCGGUCGCAUGUUUACCCAGCACAGCAGCCUUAAAUCCCAUCAGGUGGUCCACACUGGGGAGAAACCCUUCAGCUGUGACACCUGCGGGAAAUGUUUCAGCAACACGGGCAACUUGAACAGACACCAGCGAAUCCACACGGGGGAGAAACCGUUCAGCUGCGACACGUGCGGACGCAGCUUCAACCAGGGCAACAGCCUGAAGGCCCACCAGCAGAUCCACACCGGGGAGAAGCAGUUCAUGUGCGACAAGUGCGGGAAGAGCUUCUCCUACCUGAGGAACCUGAAGGACCACAAGUGCUUCUACGUCUGAGCAGAUGGACUCGCUGCGACUUACGAGGAAUAAAUGAGCCGACCGACUGCGGAGAGUGAAUGAGUGAGUUUGCAGUGAAAGUUUUCCAGAUUUGUCACAUUUCUCUGCGGUGUUGAAGACAGUUAUCUGUUGGAGUAGCUGGAAAAUUAGCAUCACAGCCUCACUGGAGGAAAACUGUACGUACAAAGAGACUUUUAGUGCUUCGGACGCAGAGUUUGCUGACAAAUGUGAUGUAAGUGGGCCAAAAUUUAAAGUGCUAAGCCCCAGAAGUCAAAAUCUUUGUUUUUGAAAUUGAAAAUUGAUCACUACUCUGCAGUUUCGAGGUGGAAAUGUUCAUCUAAACCAUUAACUGCCUUUUUUUUGCCCCUAAUGUUUGUUUUAGCAUUUAAAAAACACCACAUGGACGUAUUAACAUGGUAGCAAUAACAUCUUUGACAAAAAUACGUUAAUUUUUUGUACUUUAUUCAUUUUUAAAAAGCCAACAGAGGGACACUAAACUGAAUCCACAGCUGUGUAUUCUUCAGAAAGAAACUUAACCAACUGAAUAAUUACUCAUUUCUGUGUGAGAAUGAAGAGUCUUCAUAUCUCGUAAUGAAAUGACUGUUCACCGUGACUUGAUUCUAGUCUGUUUAUCGGAGGUAGCAUGAACAGUUUUACCAGCAGUAUUCUGUGGGCAGCUGUUAAAUUAUAUCCCUGGUCUGAGCUGUAAUACCUGAGGCUUUAAAGGUUUUUGCUGUAUGUAGCUCUUUCUAGGAUUUUGAACUGAUAUUUAUAACAGUGAAGAGUGUUUUACUGUCUUUUACAGGUGACGAUCACAAAUACAUACAUAAAUGAAACACUG